AGGAAUGUGUAAAUGGCAAAGUAGUAGACACUGGAAAGAGGAGUGAUGCCAUCCAAAAGCCUUUUAACUGUGUAGUAAGGGCAAAUUAGUGACCAUGGUUAGAUUAACACAGCCAGCCACCCAAUUCCACUCUUUGACAGAGCCUAUAUAAUACCCCUCCAAGUGAUGAGCCUGCUCCAUUUUGAGUAGUGACUAAGUAAAUGAAGUGAAGCAUUUUGUUGCUCAGCAAGAGGGUCUCUCUCUAAGGAUAAUAAGUAAAAAGGCGUUGGUCAGGUCACCGUAGUCUUCACUUUUCACUCUUGUUGCGAUGUGUCCUCCAGCACCUGACCCUCCUGCUGAUAUGGUUCAUGGGGCUGACGAUGAAGUCAUUAUGCAUCUGGAUAGAAUCAGACAGGGAAAGCCUCUUCCAAACAAUGUGAUUGAUGAUACAAAUCCUUUCCAGUUCAAUCCGUCAAAUUUACCAACUGGUGGAAUUUGGUACCUAGUGGGCUCAACUGAGAAGAUGGAGAAUAAAUUUGGCUUCUGGAGAGAAAAGGGAACCGCCCUUGAUAUACGGACAGGCUCUGCUAUAAGUGGUCGGAGAACUACCCUGGAGUUUAUUGAAUUCCAAAAUGCUCGAGAACAAAAAUCUAAUUGGAUAAUGCAUGAAUACAAGAUAACAGAAACCAGCAAAGGAAAGGAAUCAAGAGUAAUGUGCAGAGUUUUGCAGUCAGGUGGACGAAGCUCAAAUAUAGAUCUUCGCCCCAAUUCGAGACAAGCUGUAUCGUUUGAACAAGGUUCACGAAGCCCAUCCCUGAAGCAUAGUGGAGUUGAUGGAAAUAAGCUUCUAUCUGAGGCUGACAGGCUUUUGGAACCACGAACAAGAGAGCCUCCUUAUAUGUUUGACGGUGACUAUUUGGAAUUGGAUGAUCUUGCUGACCCACAAUCAAGUUCAACCAGCGCAGAUAAUUCAAGCUGCUCAAGCUUUACUUUAGAUGAAUAUUUUGAUUCACAUGCCCUGUUGCAGGAGUUGGAGGAUAAGAAUAAUCAAGGGCUACGAGAAACAGGUACAAGUUCAAAAUUCAGUGUCACUGCAUCUGUUCCACCAAGUGAAGUGGUUAUGCUGCCAGCCACUUUAGGUUCUCUAGUUUGUACUAGUGGAAGACAACCAUCUGUUGGAUGCACAGCACCCUCAUCAGUCCUCAAGACACAGAAUGUUGGAGAAAGAAUUCCAGAUCACACUGCUAAAAAGCCAAGGACCGAGAAAAAGGAAGAAGAUUCAGCAGGGUCCCUAUGCCCGGCACCCCCUUUGGGAAAUGCUGGCAAAUCCACAUCAAAAGGAAAAGAGAAGGCUGCUAGUGUCAAUACCAAAAGGCUGAAAAAGUACAUGUGUUUCAUGCCAUUCUAGGCUGUAAUUGCAUACUCUGCGUAUAACCUCUGUGUCAUUAGGUGACUGCAAUCAGUGACUAGCAAAAAUACCAACCCAUCUAGGCUCUUGACUACGUUCUGUUAUGUAAUCUGCAUUCUUGAUCUGGUGAAUGGAAGGAAAAGCUGCUCAGUUGUCGAUAGGAUUCAAGUACCAUAUAGGAAAUUUUACAGAAAAGAAAAGAAAAGAAAGCAUGGAACAAGAAGCUAGUAUUAUAAGUGUAGAUCAGCUAGGCUGCUGGCGACGUGGUACAUCUUUUUUGAGCUAAGACGAAGAGGAAGUAAUCAGCUUUAGAAAGUGUAGGAGCUGUUAGCCAGGCAUCUUGGCUUUUUUAUUUUUACUGUACAAUUGUAAUGUGACGAUAGACUUCUUUAGCCAAACGUGUGUUGUAGAGUUUUCCGCGUCUAUUUUAGAGGAAACUUCCGAUCUUGUCUGUGGCCACAUUAUAUACAUACAUAGUUAUUAUGAUGACA